AUGGAUCAGCAGCAGCAGCAAGGGCCCGACGCGGCGGCGGCCAGGCGGAUGGCCACGCUCGCCUCGCACCUACGCCCGCACCCCGCCUCUCACCCUCUGGUGGAGGACGUUCCCCUCCUGAGGGGAUCCAAUUGCCGUGCAAAAGGUGCGGCACCAGGCUUCAAAGUCGCGAUCUUGGGUGCAGCAGGUGGGAUCGGGCAGCCACUCGCACUAUUGAUGAAGAUGAACCCUCUUGUUUCGGUGCUCCAUCUAUAUGAUGUCGUCAACACACCUGGUGUCACAGCCGACAUCAGCCACAUGAACACUGGUGCUGUGGUACGUGGUUUCUUGGGCCAACCACAGUUGGAAAAUGCCCUGACUGGAAUGGAUCUUGUAAUAAUUCCUGCUGGUGUCCCUCGGAAACCUGGGAUGACAAGGGAUGAUUUGUUCAACAUAAAUGCUGGAAUAGUCCGUACCCUGUGUGAAGGAAUUGCAAAAUGCUGCCCAAAUGCAAUUGCGAAUGUGAUCAGUAAUCCUGUCAACUCUACUGUUCCAAUUGCUGCUGAAGUUUUCAAGAAAGCUGGAACUUAUGACCCUAAGCGUCUUUUGGGUGUGACCACACUUGAUGUAGUGAGAGCAAAUACUUUUGUGGGAGAGGUUCUUGGACUUGACCCCAGAGAGGUCAAUGUUCCAGUUAUCGGUGGGCAUGCAGGAAUUACGAUACUACCACUCCUUUCACAGGCUAAAGCUGGAGCAGGAUCAGCAACUCUUUCAAUGGCCUAUGCAGCUGCCAAAUUUGCAGAUGCUUGCCUGAGAGGAUUGCGUGGUGAUGGUGGGAUAGUAGAGUGCUCUUAUGUAGCUUCUCAGGUCACAGAGCUGCCAUUCUUUGCAUCCAAAGUGCAGUUAGGGCGAGGUGGCAUUGAGGAGAUCCUACCACUUGGGCCAUUAAAUGAGUUUGAGAGAGCUGGUCUGGAGAAGGCAAAGAAAGAGCUGGGCAAGAGUAUCCAGAAGGGCGUCUCUUUCAUCAACAAGUGA